AUGUCUAUUCCGCCCCCUGGCUUUGUAACCCCCCCCAACAGACUUCUCAACCAGAAGAAGUCCCUCCCACCCCAGGCGCACCUGUUAUUCAACCACGUGUCAGAGGAGAUCUUCAACAUCAUCCUGGUCCCGCUGAUUCAAGGCCCGCUAAUUCAAGCAGUUCGUGCUGCUCGGCAAAGCCAAGAACUUAUCGAUUCUUUGAAAAGGAGUAUGGAUUCUUUGCGAAGAAGUAUCGAUCAGGUUACGGCCGCGCUCGAAAGAAUUCGCGUUGCCAACCCAAAAAAGAGCGACGAAUAG